GUCAUAAUAUGUCACAGAUCCCAGGGGAAGUCGUGACAUCCUGUACACCAAAGUACACUGCCACGCACCACCAAGUGGCCCAUACUUAAGCCACAGCACAACCGUUCGGACCCCCAUCAUUUGCUGAGCGCACGUCCUCCCUUCAUCUUGGUUUCUGCUAGCUCGCAUUGUUUCCAGGACGGAGCCUGACUGUCAUCAUGUCGUUCGCUGCUCUAAUGGCGCUAAGCGCCUCUCAGACUAAGGAAUCUCAAAGCGCCGUCCAAAGUGUACUGUUACAGCGCCAGCGCAACGAGGAGCUCCAACGGAAAAAGCGGGAGGAGUCUGAGAGAAAGGAGCGAGAACAAGCUGCGAAGCUUCGACAGAAGAGAUUUGAGGACGAGAAGAAGGAGCAAGAAUUGCAGCUCAAGAGAGAAGCAGAAGUGAAACGCACGCAGGAAGAGCAGGCAAGGCGAGAGGAGGAACAACGCAAUGCGUUGCUUUAUGGUCCCAAGAGGGCCAAGUUAGGCUCUAAGUGGCCAUCGUCCAACGGAACCUCGAAGGAGGACGUUCGCAAGCGCAGAUUACCGUCCGAUGAGGAGAAUGGCUCUCGUUCCGGCUCUCCAGCAAUGGCUCUCACCCGUGAGGAGAAACGACAGCGCAGAGUCGAAAGUGAAAUGCGCAGGGGUUAUGCAAUGAAGCGGGCCGCCACAUCCUCCGGCUACCACAAAGUUGGCAGGCGGCUUCCAGGAGGGGCUAUCGACGCCACGUCAGCGCCAAACUCAGACAACUGUAACAGCUCGCAGUCCGUCAAGGCCCGCCUUGCCGCACUCCCUAAUACAUUGACGAAGCUCAAUGUCCAUAAGCGAGACACACGGACCAUAGACGAGAUUUUGCAGGACAGAGCCAAGGCGAAAACCGCCACAUUGGACGGUGACGACGCCAAAGAGUUUAAUGACUGGUUUGGCAAGGGGAAGAAGGAUGCAGGAAAGAGUAGUGCUCAGGCAUCUACGGCUGCACCGUCUAGAGCAUCUUCUGGCUCUAAUUCCCCUGGACCUUCAGCCGCCAGGUCAGCCAACUCUGGCACGCCAAAGAGCUCAAGUGCUCCGAAAUCUGCUGUCUUGUCGUUUUCAAAAACUUCGCACUCCAAGGGUGCAGAUAGCUCACAGUCACUAAAGGCUGAUGUGAAAUUCAAGCCGACUUCAAGCUCUACUCUAUCAAUGAAGUCACAGGCCUGCAAGCCUUUAUCUACAGCACGCCUUGCGGGGCCGACCAAAAAACGACCUCGAUCCCCGUCAUCCUCGCUAUCUCCUCCUCCUCCAAAGAGGCGUCCUGCCUCAACUGAAGUGGAAUCUUACAGCACUGAAAUUUGGAAACUAUUUGGCAAGGACCGCCGUGCGUACGUUGAGCAGGAUGUGUAUAGCGACGAUGAGGAUAUGGAAGUUGGUGCCGGCGUUCUUGAGAAGGAGGAGCAAAGAAGUGCGCGUCUGGCCAGAAAAGAAGACGAAGCGGCCCUCGAGCAGGAGAAGCGCCACGAGGAAGAGAAACGCCGCAAGAAGAAGGAAAGGGAAAUGAGGGAGAGGCGGGGAUAAGGUUUUCUGACAUCGGCAUGCUAUAUUUCAUGGACAUUUCAUACCCUCAUGGAUAGUGGAACCUAUCCCGUUGUCUUUCUUGAU